AUGCCGUACCCCUCUGCCAUGCCAGUGCCCCAGUCCACUCGUGAUAGUGCAUCAAGUGAGGUAAUUUCUGAUGAUAUAUCUAUGUCAACUUGUCAAUUACUGCCACGAACCACUCGUGGCAAACCCAAACUGCAAGAUGCUCUUUGUGACACCAAAUGGGUAGAUGUUAUGAAUGUUGAAAUGGAAGCUUUGGACAAGAAUGAAACUUGGGAUUUAGUCACUUUACUAAGAAGGAAGAAAGUUGUUGGGUGCAGAUGGGUGUUUACUUUGAAACAUAAAGCUACUGGUUUCAUUAACCGUUAUAAGGCUAGAUUGAAUGCGUUCCUACAUUAUGACCUCAAGGAAGAAGUAUACGUGGAUGUUCCUCCUGGUAAGCGGUCUCCAAGAGCAUGGUUUGGGAGAAACUAA